UUAAACAAUAAUAUAUGGCAAUCAUUGUAGAAAACUGUCAGACGUUUUGAUUCUUCCGGUCUUUUUAUUUCUCCGUGGCAUGGCGGAUGGUCUUUACCGCCGCCUAUAGUGUUUUUUGGAGAAAUAGCUUCGCUAAAAUAGCGAAAUGAGUCUAUCAGUAGCCCGGCCGCUUGUGUCGGUGUAUUCAGAGAAGAGCGAAGUGGUGCCAAAGGCAUCCCUUCCCCUCCCAUUCGUGUUCAAGGCGCCCAUCCGGCCUGACCUCGUCAACGAUGUGCAUGUUUCCAUGUCAAAGAAUGCCAGACAGCCGUACUGCGUCAGCAAGGAGGCCGGUCACCAGACCAGUGCCGAGUCGUGGGGUACCGGUCGUGCCGUAGCGCGUAUACCCCGUGUGCGCGGUGGUGGUACCCACAGAUCCGGACAGGGUGCGUUCGGCAACAUGUGCCGCGGCGGGCGCAUGUUCGCGCCGACGAAGCCCUGGCGCCGCUGGCACCGGCGCGUGAACCUGCGCCAGCGCCGCGCUGCCGCUGCCGCUGCGGUCGCCGCCGCCGGCGUGCCGGCGCUCGUGCAGGCCAGGGGUCACGUCAUCGACAAGAUCCCCGAACUGCCGUUGGUCGUAGCCGACAAGGUGCAAGAGAUCAGCAAGACCAAGGAGGCUGUGAUCUUCCUCAGACGCGUGAAGGCGUGGUCCGAUGUGCUCAAGGUAUACAAGUCGCAACGCCUCCGCGCCGGCAAGGGUAAGAUGCGCAACCGCCGCCGCGUCCAGCGCAAGGGGCCGCUGAUUGUGUACCACAAGGAUCAGGGUCUGACGCGCGCAUUCCGCAACAUACCCGGCGUGGAGAUGCUGAACGUAAACAAGCUGAACCUGUUGAAGCUGGCGCCGGGCGGCCACGUCGGCCGAUUUAUCAUCUGGACACGAUCCGCCUUUGAGAGGCUCGAUGCCCUCUUUGGCUCAUGGAAGACGCCCUCGAAGCUGAAGAAGAACUUCAACCUGCCGCAGCCCAAGAUGGCCAACACCGAUUUGACUCGCCUGCUCAAGUCUGACGAGAUCAGGAAGGUGUUGAGAGCGCCCAACAAACGAGUGAUCCGCACGCAGAGGAAACUCAACCCGCUGACGAACACGCGCGCCAUGUUGAGAUUGAACCCUUACGCGGCCGUGCUCAAGAGGAAAGCGAUUUUAGACCAGCAGAGGAGGCAGAACUUGAAGGCGCUCGCUUUGGCUGAGAAGCGUGGUAUCAAACUGCCAGAAGACGACCCCGCAGUGAAGGCUGAGAAAUUGAGGGAGAAGCGAAGGAAAGCAAUUAAAUUGGCGGCAGCGAAGAAGCCAAAAAAGCCAGCGGCAAAGAAAACCGCCCCUCCACCCCCUAAAAAGAAGGCCGAGAAGAAAGCGGCCCCCGCUAAGAAGUGAAGAUAAUAAACUUAUCAAUUGAU